UCAAAUUAAAUAUAUGUUUUAAGUCCCAAUGCAAAGUUACACCUUAUUACAUUUAACCAAUCAGAAUUCAAAAGAAUGCCAAAGUCAGGUGUGAAGUAAUAUGGAGGACCAGCCUAUUCCCUAUGAUGUAAACUACAACAGAAAUAACUUCAAAUGUAGAACUUCAAAUUAAACCAAUCAUUUGAACUCAUGAUUUCAUGAAAAUCCCCCAAAUCCAAAAUAUAAAGAUUACAAGAUUAUUAUUGUCAGUCAGCUAGCGCGCUAGCAGUAAGCCAAGGUUGUAAAAGUUACAAAACUCCCAUAGUCUACUUCACAGAGAACAUGCUGAAAAGUAGUGAUGGGGAAACAAAGCUUCCUGAAGCAUUGAUGCUUUCCAGCCAAUUGUGUCAAAAAAUAGGUUCAUUACUCAAGGCUUUGAGCGAAACAGAAUUUAGAACAGCCACAUUAUUAUAGAUGAAGUCACACGCCGUAGCAGCGUAGCCAUUAUGUCAUAUAUUAAACCACUGGCCAUGUUCGAGAGCAUCAAAUCCAUGCUGCGUUGUGGGUAAAACGGUGACUAGCUGACUGAUUUAUAAAUAAUAAUGAGUAGUUAUUUAGGAUGCAAGGUGAUUUGUAAAUGUGUCAGUCAGCAGUCAGCAGCCACCUGCACUGUCGGCUGCAAUGUCGAACGAGCCCAAUACCAAACCAAUCAGGUGUUCAACGAAAUGAUUCUUCAGACGUCAUUGAUCACGUGCUGCUGAUAAAGAGACACUGCUUUGAAUUAUGCCGCUUAGCGACUUCAGUACAUGCCUCAUAGCUCUAGUCUCAAACUUAACCCCGUUCUUGCUGAAGAAGAGAAGGUCUGCUGGAUGGAGAAAGAAGCUCUCGUGAAAGAGGGGGAGGAAGAGGAGGCUGUUACAAUACAAAAACAAGUAGAAGGUGAGGCUGUUACCGUGAACGAAGAAGAGAAAGACGUUACAGAGAAAGAAGAGGAAGACGCGUUCAGAGUGAAAGAGGAUGACGAAGUUUCAGUGAAAGAAGAGGAGACUGACGAUGAACGAGAGAGAGGUGACUAUCGUGGAUCCUCUGGGGAGCCUCAACAACCUCAUGAUGCUGAAGAGGCAGAGAAGAGUCUCUCCACGUCGAAACACCAGCAGAGAACCACAGGGAAGAAAUCUCAUUGCUGCUCUGACUGUGGGAAAGGUUGUACAUCUUCAUCAGAACUUAAAAUACACCAGAGAACACACACAGGAGAGAAACCUUAUAGCUGUGAUCAAUGUGAGAUGAGUUUUACUACAUCUAGCUCUCUGAUUCGACACCAGAGAACACACACAGGAGAGAAAUCCUAUAGCUGUGAUCAAUGUGGGAAGAGUUUUACUACAUCUAGCUCUCUGACUAUACACCAGAGAACACACACAGGAGAGAAACCUUAUAGCUGUGAUCAAUGUGGGAUGAGUUUUACUACAUCAGGCAAUCUGAUAACACACCAGAGAACACACACAGGAGAGAAGCCUUAUAUCUGUGAUCAAUGUGGGAUGAGUUUUAAUACAUCAAGCCAUCUGAUUCGACACCAGAGAACACACACUGGAGAUAAGCCUUAUAUCUGUGAUCAAUGUGGGAUGAGUUUUACUACAUCAAGCCAUCUGAUUCGACACCAGAGAACACACACAGGAGAGAAGCCUUAUAUCUGUGAUCAAUGUGGGAAGAGUUUUACUACAUCUAGCCAACUGACUUCACACCAGAGAACACACACAGGAGAGAAGCCUUAUAUCUGUGAUCAAUGUGGGAUGAGUUUUACUACAUCAAGCCAUCUGAUUCGACACCAGAGAACACACACAGGAGAGAAACCUUAUUGCUGUGAUCAAUGUGAGAAGAGUUUUACUACAUCUUACUAUCUGACUGUACACCAGAGGACACACACAGGAGAGAAACCUUAUAGUUGUAAUCAUUGUGAGAAGAGUUUUCUUACAUCUAGCCAGCUGACUUCACACCAGAGAACACACACAGGAGAGAAACCUCAUAGCUGUGAUCAAUGUGAAAAAAGAUACUCUGAUAAAAGAUCUCUGAUCAAACAUCAGAAACUGCAUACAUGAAGUUGUUUCAUGAUAUCAAUGAAAUAAUGUCACAAUGUAGAAUGUUUUAACAUUGUAGUAGGAGUAUUUUAAUGAUGUCACAAUGUAGAAUGUUUUAACAUUGUAGUAGGAGUAUUUUAAUGAUGUCACAAUGUAGAAUGUUUUAACAUUGUAGUUUGAGUAUUUUAAUGAUGUCACAAUGUAGAAUGUUUUAACAUUGUAGAAGGAGUAUUUUAAUGAUGUCACAAUGUAGAAUGUUUUAACCUUGUAGAAGGAGUAUUUUAAUGAUGUUCUACCUUAUCCUUAUCCUUUGCCCUGUUCAAUUGAUUGCAGCAUGAUAUGGAUAUUAGCCUCAGGGGAAAUCUAGGCUCUGAAUUGAAAGAGUAUUAUUUAACAAAAAGUGACUAACAAAAAAAGAGCUGUGUUACACUUACUGCGUUGGUGACCCACUUUAAUCAAAAUACAGUACUUCAAAAUGUAGCUAACUGUUUUCUACAAGUUGAAAAAGCUGCUUGUUUAAAAAAUACAUGUAAUAUGAUCAUUGUUGCAGAUGUUUGUGUAUAUACACACAUGAAAGCAGUAUAAUAAAUUGGUCUAUAAUCAAUUUUAUUAACAA